AAAACUACACCAUUUGUAUAAAGAGCCAUUCUAUAAAGAGCUUUGCAAAGACUCAAGCCUUAAGCCUUAGGCAAAAACAGCUUCAUUUCUUACAAAUACAGCCUUGAAAAUCUUUUGAACUAUAAAUCAUGAUAGGAAAAAGAUCAACGCCGGUGAUCGGAAAACUCACCGGAGUAGCAUUUUCUGGUAGCCGGAAGGGGAUAAUGGAAGGUGCCACUAGCCCAAGAAGUCCACUAGAUUUCAAAAUUCAAUCACCAAGAGGCUUAAAAAGCUUUGAUUUUGGUGGAGUUGGAUUAGCUAUUGUGGCUGCACUAGAAAAAUCCGGUGGAAAAUACGGCGAAACUCCGGCGAACAAAGCCGUUGUUUACAACCGGAAUUCAAAUAGGACACUUCCUAUUCCAGUGAAUUCAACCAAAAAUUCAGCUUUAUAUAAAGCGGAAUUUGACGAAACAGAAAUGGAUAGUUUUGAAGAAUAUACAAUUGUUACUUGUCGUGCACCAGGUAACAAAUCUUACACUAAGGUAUACGGCGGUGGAACGGCGGUUCAGGCCAGAAAAUGUAAUCGUCCGAGCGUUUUUGACAUAUCUCCGGCGAGAUUAGGGGAUUUUCCGGCGGGUCCAGAUUCCGAUUUUCUCAGUUCAUGUCAUUUGUGUCAAAAAAAGCUACACGGAAAAGACAUAUACAUGUAUAGGGGAGAGAAAGCAUUUUGUAGCACAGAGUGUCGGUACAGACAAAUAGCAAUUGAUGAACACAAAGAGAAGUGUAGUUCAGAAAUUGCAAGAUCUGCUGAUGUUGCGAGCUCCCCUUGUGGAAAUGGCCAAAUCUUUGCAACUGGAAUUCUGGCCAUUUAAUUAAAUUGAAUAAAUUAAUUAAUAAUAUAUAUAGAUCAUAAGUACAUAAAAUCUAUAUAUACUCGGGAAUACUUAUACAUAUGAGAAACAGCUAUAUUAGGAGUAGUUUUUUUUUUUUUUUUUUUGGUAUUUUCUCCAAUUUUGAUUUGGAUGUAGAAGAGAAAAGCUAAAAUGCAGCAAUGAAAAGUUUUGAACUAUAGCACUUUUUUGUUCUCCUUAUCUAUGUGUAUAAUUCUAUGUCUAAAAGUUUGAUGUAAAGAGUAUAAAGAAACAGAAGCAUUUUUUUG